UUCCUCAUUUUGGUGGCGCUGUGCGCAAAGCUCCAGCGCCGGACUGGACGCAGUUUUGACGGUCCAAAAACGGAACAAGAAGAAGGGGGCAGGAAGAAAAAAAAAAAAGAAAGCCAGACAUGGAUGUUUAAAUGCUUUCCAUCCGUCACUCUGUUUGUUUUGUUUUAUUUCUUUUUCUUUAAAUGAUGAUUUCUGUCUUUACAUGUAGAUGUUGCUCCUGCCCCGCGGGCUGUUAAACGAGAAGCCGCUGCUUCAAAUGUCUCCAAUCAGUUUGUAAGCGCCACAAAAUGAGGAUUUCUUCUCGCCGCUGGCUUUUGUUGAUAUUUUGGGGCUUGUGGGGACUGUCGCUGGCUGCUUUCCCCAGCAGCGUCCAGAUCGGCGGCUUGUUCAUCCGAAAUACGGAUCAGGAGUACACUGCCUUUCGCUUGGCCAUCUUUCUGCACAACACCAGCCCCAAUGCCUCAGAAGCGCCCUUCAACCUGGUGCCUCAUGUGGACAACAUUGAGACGGCCAAUAGCUUUGCCGUCACCAACGCCUUUUGCUCCCAGUACUCCCGAGGUGUCUUCGCCAUCUUCGGCCUCUACGACAAGCGGUCGGUGCACACGUUGACGUCCUUCUGCAGCGCCCUGCACAUCUCCCUCAUCACGCCCAGCUUCCCCACCGAGGGCGAGAGCCAGUUCACCCUGCAACUACGGCCGUCCAUCCGGGGGGCUCUCUUGUCCCUGCUGGACCACUAUGACUGGAACAAGUUCGUCUUUCUCUACGACACCGAUCGGGGAUACGCCAUCCUGCAGGCCAUCAUGGAGAGGGCAGGGCAGAACAACUGGCAGGUGAGCGCCAUCUGCGUGGAGAACUUCAACGACGCCAACUACCGACGGCUCCUGGAAGACCUGGAUCGGCGGCAGGAGAAGAAGUUUGUGAUCGACCUCGAGGCCGAGAGGCUGCAGAACAUGCUGGAACAGAUCGUCAGCGUGGGGAAGCACGUCAAAGGCUACCAUUACAUCAUGGCCAACCUGGGUUUUAAGGACAUCAAUCUGGAGCGCUUCAUGCAUGGCGGCGCCAACGUGACGGGCUUCCAGCUGGUCGACUUCAGCAAUCCCAUGGUCAUCAAACUGAUGCAGCGCUGGAACAAACUGGAUCAGAGGGAGUAUCCGGGCUCCGAUGCACCGCCCAAGUACACUUCGGCGUUGACGUACGACGGGGUGAUGGUGAUGGCCGAGGCCUUCAGGAACCUGCGCAGGCAGAAGGUGGACAUUUCCCGACGGGGGAACGCCGGCGACUGCCUGGCCAACCCUGCCGCACCGUGGAACCAGGGCAUCGACAUGGAGCGUACUCUCAAACAGGUGCGGCUGCAGGGAUUAACAGGUAAUGUCCAGUUUGACCACUACGGCCGCAGGGUCAACUACACAAUGGACGUGUUUGAGCUGAAGAAUAACGGACCCAGACGGAUCGGCUACUGGAACGACGCCGACAAACUGGUGCUGAUCCAGGACUCGCCGCUGCUCCCCAACGACACGUCCGGCAUGGAAAACCGCACCGUGGUGGUCACCACCAUCAUGCCCCCAGUGAGGAACCCCAUUUUAAGAAACUGAGCCCCCAGCUGGACAGCAAGCGGGAUAUGACACAAGAAGACGAGCCCAAACCAAGCCCGAAAGACACAGCGGCCGUGUUAAUGGACGCCCCCGUUUAAAAAGCAAACGGAGCCGUAAUGGAGUCCCCUUGAGAGGAAAACGAAAUGCAAAUGGGAGGAAACGAGGAUAAACACGCCGCUGUCUUUGUCCUUGUGUGUCACGCAUUUCACGCUCCGUGUUGUGAUCACAGCAUCCGUCGAUUUGGGAUUCUUUUUUUUUUUUUUCCGCCCACGGAACCGCUCUGCCGAGCAGACAGUGAAUGUCAAAGUGAUUUCCUGUUUUGCUGUAAAUCUGUCAAUUGGUGCAGACUACCUACGUUACUCAGCUCCACGAGCCUCACCGUAGAUUACACGGACUAACGAUCAAGUGUUUGCCAUGUUGUAAUGAUGUUUUAUUGUACUCAACAAACGUGGUUGGAACCAUAUGUUAGCUUCACGCUAACAUAAACAAACCCCAAAUAACGACUUGCAUCAUCCAUUUUACUGUCACAAGAGAUUUCAUAGGUCAAUUUUGAAGCAACUGAGGCAAAACGGAUUCAUUCUCAACCACUUUGCCAGACCUGACAUCACCCGCAGAAACGUUUAUUGAAGUAAGGUGUUUAUUUUUUGAGAAGGUUGUUUAUUUGCAGUUAUUUAAAGUAAUGUUUAGUGGAGCUACGUUUUUAUAGAACUUGAACUAAGUUGUUUUUUUCAAACAAGGUAUUUAUUUGAAGUUAUUUGUUUGAAGUCAGGCAUUGAGUUUUUUUAUGUAAGGUUUUUAAGUGAAGUUUAUUGAACGCAGGCGUUUCUUUGAAGUAGUGUGUUUCUUAAGUCAGGCAUAACUUGUUUAUUUGAAGUAAGCCAUUUAUUCGAAUCAGGCCUUUAUUUUAAGGAAGGUGUCAAUUGAGAUUUUGGCAAGUUGAAGUUUUUAUUGAAGUCAGGCAUUUAUUUGAAGUAAGGUGUUUAUUUUAGGUCCGGCAUUAAUUUGAAGUAAGAUGUAUAUUGUGGUAAUAUGAAGUACGCAGAUCUUAACGACACUUGAAGGAAAUGCAGGUUGUUUGAAGUAAGGGGAUUUUCCUUUUUCAGUCAGGCUCUAUUUGAAGCGGUGUUUGCUUGAGGUAAGUUGUUUACUUCAAGUCAGCUGUUUAUUUUGAUGUUUACUGUUUUUAUUUGAAGGCGGCAUUUAUUUAAAGUAAGUUUGUAUUGGAAGGCAGGGCUUUAUUUAGAGUGGCAAAUUGACUGUUUAUUUGAAAUUAGGUGUGUAUUUUAAGUUAGGUGUUUAUUGUUUUUCCAGCUUCCUUGGCCAGCACCUUCACGGCCACUGCGCUCAUCACUCAUGCCAACGUUGGACUGUAGGCCAUUUAUGGUCCAUAUCCAUAUAUCGAUCUAAUAUAAUGUCUUCAAUCAUCACGUAGUGAAUCCUUCGCUGUUGUACCAAACGGAGAAUAGGGAGCGCAAAAACAAGACGUGAUUCCUGUAAAGCGAUUAUGAGCGGCACGGGGGAAGAAUCUUUGCGACUAAAGGCGUCUUUGUAUUUUUGCUCUUUGUCUUGAAAUCCCCGUGAAAUCAGCCAGAUUCGCCGUCAGUCUUCUAGUGUUUUUGCUGUUCCCAAUGAUAUUGUUCUCACAAAUACAUAAAGCAACGUUUGAAAAUCAUAAAGGAAAUGUUCCUAGUUAGUACACUGUAAUAACUGCAGUACAGAGCCUCUUGAACGCACAACUGCAACCACGGAACUCCAACUCCUUUCUACAAGGGAAUUAGAUAACAUUUAAAUGCGAAAUAAUUUUUCAAUGAGGUGGCAAAAUCUCUCUGAAUGUUCUGAACUCCUGUUUUAAUGCACUGAUAGCUCAACUUCCCAUAACCGACAGUCUUGGUUAAAUAAACACUUUACUUGAAAAGAGUGGGAAAUUCUGUCAUUCGCAGACAUUCUAGCCUCUGCUACAACUCUAAUACUACCUCCAAAGGCAGAAAAGUUUAUGGGUCGGCUUCCUACCCCCAUUCCGCGUUGGCGGCAUUACAGCAACAUAGGGGUGAAGAAAAAAAUUAAUAAGGUUGUCAUUUACAGGUAGGUUAAAAGGUCUAAAGAUGCCACUCCGGCUUUGAUACUACCUCUGAAGCCGGAUGGAAGUGGGCAAAGACUCCAUUCGGUUGGUGCAUCCAAGCGUCUUUGAGUUUACCUUGUAGUGGCUUGGGGCAAUGUCAAAAAAAUGUGUGGAAUAAAUUGGGCCUUGUUCUCAAUAUGUAGAUGCCCGCCUUGUAUGACAAAAGUAAUUUGUUUGGAAACACGCACAAAGCAAGGCCGGCGUUCCAUUUCGAUGACUCCGGAUUCUGUUGAUCCAGAACCUUCACCGCCUCUCCCAUUUCCUCUCCCAAUCCGCCAUCACUUGGAAGUCUGGCUUGUAUUUGCAAUCACCCUGUCUGACGGCAGCUCAUUUUUCACUUCCCAUCAGCUUUACCUGCGCUUUCUGCUUAGUCAUGCUUCCCUCCCGUCUGUUUGAUUCUGUGUAUCAUCCAUCCGCAUUAACAUUUUGAUGAUUUUUUUUUUUUUUUUUUUUUAAACCUCAGAUUGUGCUGUGCAUAUGCAGCAUGAGGCCAUCACGGCGAUUACUCGUGCGUGGCUUUUUCUUUUUGUUGUACCACAGAGGGAGUAAAGAAAAAAAAAAAAGUGCAUCUCCCAGCAGGACGUGACGGUUUAAAGACGUAAGAUUUGAAAGCUGAACCGCUUUCUCCUUCGAUGUUCAUUUCUGUAAUUGUUUGCUUGAUGUGCAGCUUUAAAUCAACCACGCGGGGGUACGACAACGUUACACGCAGUUGAAAAAUAUUGGGGUCGUUGUGAUAGUGGUCAUGUGACCAAAAUUUACCAGAACAGGCUGCUACGUGUAGAUAUUGCAGCAUGUGGCAAAGGAUAUUUAUGAACACUGUUCCAAAGUGACUGUAAACAGUUGUGUUUUGAUCUAAACCAUUGUAUAUUUAUAUUUUUAUUUAUUUAUAUAUACUGAACCCUGCCACAAACAGCGAAAAUUGAUGCCUUACACGACUGCAAAAACUAGCUCGACGCGGCCGCACUGACGCGCGGUGUUCGGCUGCUCGUUUUCAUGAGUGGUCUACCGUCGGCUCCUGGUUUUCCUACCAUUCAAAAUCUGAAUCAGGUCGCAAAGUCGAAGCUUGAACAGCCCAUCAAAAAUAAGUUUGCAUGUCUUAAACUGACCGUGUUUUACAAUAAUACAAACCGGCACUAUAUUUGUAAAAGCAAAUUGUGGCGUCAUCGAAUGGUAGCAAUCAAUGAUUGUCCACAUCCUCUUGAAAUAUCCACGCUCUCCUUUGUUGUCGCCCGUUUCCGCAAUCCGCUUCGUCCUGAAAAUCGUGCCAUGUUUUUUGUAGUUCAGAUGUGCUCAAUCGCUUGGUGUGAGGCGAAGAGUUGCCAUCUGUAAUUGUUUCUUUUUUUUGCAAAGCUUCACUUCAGUUGCGUUCGAUCGCAUCGCCCGAUAUGCGACGGGCCUUUGGGAUGACAUCGGAGCUAUCUGAUGGUCCGCUCUUGCAAAUCUAAAGUCUUAAUCAUCCGGAAACAAUACGUUUGGCGUGAGAAAAGUAAUAGCGACCUUGUUCCGAGCUAAUCGCAUAGUUUGCUCUUUGACAAUUUGGGUUCGUUCUGUGAUGGAACUGCUAUUACGUGCUAUUCGUAAGACAGUUCAGGGGUUGGCGCUAUUCUGAAUUUUGUUCGUAAAACGGUGACGACGUAUUCCUACGACGCUGCUCAAACUAGUUCAUAACCUGGAAACGUCAUAUGUCGAUACCAUCGGAAACCAAGAGCCCCGUGUAUCUGAGAUCACAGAAAAACGUUGCGUUUUUGUUGCUCAUGAGUUAAAAGUGACGCUUAAGGCAGCCAUUUGACUCUGAAAUUCAUGACCACUGCAACUUCCAUCCAUCCGUCCAUUUUCUGAACCGCUUAUCCUCACAGGGGUCGCGGGAAUCACUGCAACUUGUUUUGCACUCAUGUAAUUUGCCCCCAGCCUCCCCUUACACCGCCGCUUACUCUCACCUAAAUGUUAUUGAUGGUUGUAUUGCAAAAUAAAUAUUUACUUGUCAAAUACUAAA